UCGGUAGUAGCUGCUGUAUUCCCUCCAUCCAUAUCCUCGGCUCCCCAAUAUGGCGUCCGCAAACGAUAAAGCAAGGUUCUACCUGGAGCAGUCCGUCCCUGACCUUCGCGAAUAUGAACGGAAGGCCAUCUUCACCAGAGAUGAAAUCUCCGCUAUCACCCGCAAACGAGCCGGCUUCGAGCACGUUCUCAACUCCCCCGGCGCCCCGGCGCCCACCUUCGCUCGCUACGCCGAAUACGAAAUGAACCUCGACACCCUGCGUCAAAAGCGCGUCAAGCGUCUGGGGAUCAAGGACCGCGAUCACUCCGGCCAGAAGCGGAUCUUCUCCAUCCUCAACCGGGCGACCAAGCGGCAUCGCGGAGAUGUGGGGUUGUGGAUGCAGUAUAUCGAAUACGCGAGGAAGGAACGCGCGCACAAGCGGCUCGAGGAAAUCUUGACGAGCGUGCUGCGUCUGCAUCCGACGAAGCCGCAGCUGUGGAUCUACGCCGCGCGGUAUGCGGCCGAGAGCGAUGGGGAUGUCGCGGCCGGGCGGAAUUACUUGCAGCGCGGGCUCCGGUUCUGUGUCAAAUGCAGGUCGUUGUGGCUGGAGUACAUGAAACUGGAGAUGCUAUACAUCGCGAAGAUCGAAGGGCGUCGGCAAGUUUUCGGAGGCCAUAUAAAGAUCGCGGCGAAAUCUCAGUCAGAGCAGGAGGAGGGAGCGGACGCCGAUAUGAUCCAACUGCCGGACGGAUCUGAGGAAGCACUCGCAGGAGACGCAUCGGAGCUUGCAUCAGAUUCCAUCGACAAACUCGAACCGAUUUUGAACGGAGCAAUCCCCAUUGCGGUUUUCGACGCUGCUAUGAAGGACUUCGACUUCGACUUGAGUCUUGCCGAAGAGAUAUUUGACAUGAUCACGGACUUCUCAUCCCUCCCAUGCUCGCGCACCAUCCUCCAGCACAUCUGGAGCGAAAUGGAGGAGCAGGCCGAAGACGAUCCGUUGACGAUCCUCUGCUCGCUCAGAAUGGUUUUGAUGGGAGCGGAUCCCACCGAUCCCGAAUUUCCAUCGACGCUGGGAGCCACCCUGGCUCGCAUCAACGGUCUUCUCAAAAACAAUCCACUUGCCCCUCAGAUGGCAUAUCGGACUAUAUCCUCCCUGCUCGCGUUCCUCAGGAACGAAGAACUGGAUUCCGCCUUGCGCAAGGUGCUAGGAGCAUCGGUGCGCCGACUCACGAAAGAGGCGGAGGAGGGACAUCAAAAGUCCGAAGAGCAUUCACUAGGCGCCCUGCUUCUAAAGCUGGAGAAGGCCAAUCGAGCGGAAGACGCCCAUGCAUUGAAAGAACUGCUACCAACCAAACACACCCAAGUCGUUUCAGUCGGCUGAUGCAAGGAAACACGUUGAUGCUUAGUCAUCCCCACGACGGCUGGCCUUCUUGCUACUAUGAUACCUUUUCUCCUUCAACCGCGAUUCGUUCGCCUCUUUGGCUCUACCCAUCACCGUCAGCAACGAUUCACCUCAUCAACCGAAGCACCUACAGAUUCUCGAUCCGCUUUUUCUUCGACUCGGGCGUUUCGGCGGGGAUAUGUUCCCGGCCGAGGUCCGCGACCAGAUGAAACAGCUUCGCGUGGCAGCUCUGCGUGUUCUCGCUCUGCUUCCGCGACUCGUCGGACUGGAUGACGAUGUCGUUGGAUUUCUUGGCGACGUGGGGAUCCUGCAGGAGCGGGGCGCGGAGGAGCGGGGGAACGAGCGGGAGGAGACGGUCGAGUGCGAUGCGGAGGGUGGCUUUUGAGUUGACU